UUGUUGCGGCUGUCUUCUUCAUCAUCCUCUCUCUCUCUCUCUCUCUCUCUCUGUUUCGUCCCGCCGCAAAAUCGAAUCGGAAGCUUUUCUGCUGUCAUCAGUCGGCGUCAUUUCAUCGAUAGUGACGUUCCGAGCCAUUAAAAAACCCUAGCUUCAGCGUCAACCCGGCAUUUGAUGAUAAAAGCUUCAACCUGAUUUCUCCCCCAACGUACCCAACUUCGCAAUGGGGGCGAGCCGGAAGCUCCAAGGGGAGAUCGACAGGGUGCUGAAGAAGGUCCAGGAAGGCGUCGAUGUCUUCGACAGCAUCUGGAACAAGGUUUAUGAUACCGAAAAUGCGAACCAGAAGGAGAAGUUUGAGGCGGACUUGAAAAAGGAGAUUAAGAAGCUGCAGAGGUAUAGGGACCAGAUUAAGACGUGGAUUCAGUCCAGUGAAAUCAAGGACAAAAAGGUGAGCGCCUCCUAUGAGCAGGCUCUCGUGGAUGCCCGAAAGCUCAUUGAGCGUGAAAUGGAGAGAUUUAAGAUAUGUGAGAAGGAAACCAAGACAAAAGCAUUCUCCAAGGAGGGGCUUGGACAACAACCUAAAACUGACCCAAAGGAGAAGGCCAAGUCAGAAACAAGGGAUUGGAUAAACAAUGUGGUUGGGGAGUUGGAAACCCAAAUUGAUAUCUUUGAAGCUGAAAUUGAGGGGCUCUCAGUCAAGAAAGGAAAGACAAGGCCCCCUAGAUUGGUACAUUUAGAGACAUCAAUUGCUCGACACAAGGCCCAUAUAAUGAAGAUGGAAUUAAUAUUGAGGCUCCUGGAUAAUGAUGAAUUGAGCCCUGAGCAGGUUAAUGAUGUCAAGGACUUCUUGGAUGACUAUGUGGAAAGAAAUCAGGAGGACUUUGAUGAAUUUAGCGAUGUUGACGAGCUUUACAGCUCACUGCCACUUGAGAAGGUGGAGUCUCUUGAAGAGCUGGUUACAAUGGGACCCUCCAGCCUUCUGAAGGCAACACCUCUUAGUUUAAAGACUUCUUUGGCAGCAUCAGCAGCCCAGACAAUGGCCACAAGUACCACCAGUCAUCAGCAGAGUACGUCAGUUCAGGAGCAAGCUGAAGAGCCAAGUUCUCAGGAUGCCAAUCCUGAUACAAAUACAAUUACAGGAACACCACCUGCGAAAAGUAGCACAAUUGGUUCUGCUGCUACAACUCCCACAGGGGGGCGCAGUACAUCAAUUCUAUCCAAUGCUCCUGCUAAUACAUCUGGAGCCCCAACCACAUUGACCACAUCAGUUCAUGCUAUCCUGGAAAAUGCUGGGGCUGCUAAUUCUUCAUCUACUGCAAACCUUUCUACUUCUUCCAAAGAGGAAGAAAAUGUAAACUUGCCUGGCCGUAAACCAUCUCCUUCUCUUACUGAUUGUGCAAUUGCUAGGGGAUUGGGAAGGGGUGCUCUUUCGAGCCAACCAUCAGCAAGCGCUCCUCUAACUUCAAUCGGUGCAUUACCAAGUAAUGGUGGGCUUGUUUCAGUACCCUCUGCUUCUGACAUAAAGAGGAAUGUUUUAGGAGCUGAUGACAAACUUGGUGGUGGUGGCAUGGCACAGCCUCUUGUAUCCCCACUAAGCAAUAGAAUGAUCUUGCCUCAGGCUGCAAAAGCUGCUGAUGGAACUGGUUCGGUUGAUUCUGGUAAUAGUGGUGACAAUGUAGCCAUUGCUGGCAGAGUUUUCUCUCCUCCUAUGGUUUCAGGGAUUCAGUGGAGGUCAGGAAGUUCUUUCAACCAGAAUGAAGCAGGACAGUUACGUGGCAGAGCUGAAAUAGCACCUGACCAGAGGGAAAAAUUUUUACAGCGACUCCAGCAAGUGCAACAACAGGGUCAUAGUUCACUUUUAGGCAUGCAAUCAUUGGCUGGAGGAAAGCAGUUCUCUGCAUCACAGCAAAUUCCACUCCUGCAGCAAUUUAAUUCUCAAAGUUCAUCUGGCCUUGGACUGGGAUUACAGGCACCAGGUCUUAAUACUGGAUCAGCUGGCCAUUUGCAACAAUUUGGUCAGCAAGCACUUAUGGCUGCAGCUCCAAAAGAUUCAGAAGCUGUCCAUGAAAAGGUAGAUGAGCCACAGGAAGAGCAGAUUAUAGCUGAUGAUUCAACAGCUGAAUCUGGUACCAGCCUUGGUGUUGGCAAGAUCACUAUGAAUGAGGAUGAUAUGAAAUCCCCUCAUUCCGUAGACGCUCCUGCUGGAGUAUCUGGUGAGCCCACUCAAAUUCCUAGAGAUACUGACCUAUCCCCUGGACAGCCAUUUCAAUCCAUGCAAUCUUCUGGAAGCCUAGGUGUCAUUGGGCGUAGGAGUGUUGCUGAUCUCGGUGCUAUAGGGGAUAAUCUUGGUGGACCAACUGUGACUGCAGGGCCAAUGCAUGAUCAGCUAUACAAUCUACAGAUGCUCGAGGCUGCAUAUCACAAACUUCCUCAGCCGAAGGACUCAGAAAGGGCAAGGAGCUACAUCCCUAAGCAUCCUGUGGCAACUCCUUCUAGCUAUCCUCAAGUACAGGCUCCCAUUGUGAACAACCCAGCCUUCUGGGAACGGUUAGGGAUGGAGCCUUAUGGUGCUGAUACCCUUUUCUUCGCAUUCUACUACCAGCAGAACACUUACCAACAGUAUUUGGCCGCGAAAGAACUGAAGAAGCAGUCUUGGAGAUUCCACAAGAAAUACAACACGUGGUUUCAGCGGCAUGAAGAGCCAAAAGUCACCACCGAUGAAUAUGAGCAGGGGACUUAUGUUUACUUUGACUUUCAUAUUGCCAAUGACGACCUACAGCAUGGAUGGUGCCAGAGAAUUAAGACAGAAUUCACAUUCGAGUACAAUUAUCUGGAAGAUGAACUCAUGGCCUAACCAUCAUCAUCGAGAUGUUCUGCAGUGUUAAUAUCAUCACUGACCUAAUGGUAACCUGAUCCAGCGUCCUUGUCAUGGAGGACUCAAGCCAGAGCUAAAUUAGGCUUUCCUUCUUUCUCGGACCUAUAUUUACUCGGUAUCUCUAUAAUUAUAAUAGUCCCGAUUCUACAAAAUUACCGGUUUUAGUUGGCAAAUGGCACACUAAUUUAAAUUUAAUUAUCCUCUCGAUGGAAUUUGCAAUGCAUCGGUAAGCUUUCUUGACGA